AUCUCAUCAUUUCCAUGCAUGCAUCCUUAUCAUUAUAUUUCACCUUCUAUAAACGUACACUAGCCUACUACUAUAUACCAUUGUAGCUUUGCUACGUUUCCAAUUAUCCAUUACCUUACCCUUUAUCAACAUCUUUGCAUAAUACAUACUACUAUACUAGUGAUCGAGAAUAAUGUCAGGAGCACAAGGAGCGCAGCCGCCUAUGUCUUUUACGGCGACGACGUACGAGUCGGUGCCGGAGCAGGUGCAAAAGAGUAGGCCAAGGACUGAGUUAAGGUCUUGGGAGGAUGACAAGGGGAUUGAGAUUGACAAACUUCAAGAUAAGGUUGAGGAUGCUGCCGGUAAAGGCGGUCCGGUUUUCGGGGCCGGUAAAGAUGACCCUCCUAAUAAGCAAGACUUGGGUGUUUCUGGUACCGGCUAAAUAAUGGAGAAGUUUAAUUUGUAGUAUGAUCAAAUAAAUAUGAUUUUCUUCCUUCAAAAAAAAAACAGAAAAUAAAUAGGAUUUUCUUGCUUGCACUUUGUAUUAAUUUUUAGAUUAACGGGUAGAUCUCCAAUAAAUUAUGUACUGUGGUUUUAUCUUUUCUUUUGUAGCUCUUUUACUUAUGUACUACUAAGCAUAAUACCUUCCUUUUUUCUCUUGAUGGUGCUUAAUUGAUAUAUCUUGAUGUAUUGGUACGUA